GGGCUGAGGGCUGUCCUCCAUGUUUUAAUAAGCACUGACAUUACACACAAGUCUUUUCUAAGCCAUGCAUCCACAGAGUUUAGCAGAAGAGGAGGUGAAGACAGAGUCAGAUGUGAACGAGGGAAUGGAGAUUGCCACACGAUCCAAAGUGUCUGAUCCAGGGUCAGCGGAGCGCACCGCCCCGAAACGCAAAGCACCUAGCCCUCCGCAUUCAUCCAACGGACACUCUCCUUCAGAAACUUCUCCUAGCCCAGUCAAAAAGAAGAAGAAGCCUGGGGCUGUCAACAGCAGCAAAGAUCAGUCCGAACUAAGACAUGGUCCCUUUUACUAUGUGAAGCAGCCCGCACUCACCACAGACCCUGUUGAUGUUGUACCGCAGGACGGCAGGAACGACUUCUAUUGCUGGGUGUGUCACCGCGAGGGCCAGGUGCUCUGCUGUGAGCUCUGCCCACGCGUCUACCAUGCCAAGUGUCUCAAACUGGCUGCUGAGCCUGAAGGCGACUGGUUCUGUCCUGAGUGUGAGAAAAUAACCGUCGCAGAGUGCAUCGAGACCCAGAGCAAGGCAAUGACCAUGCUGACAUUGGAGCAGCUGUCUUACCUUCUCAAAUUCGCCCUCCAGAAGAUGAAACAGCCUGGUACUGAACCGUUUCACAAGCCAGUGUGUCUCGAGCAGCAUCCUGAUUAUGCAGAGUAUAUUUUUCAUCCCAUGGAUCUCUGUACAUUAGAAAAGAAUAUCAAAAAGAAAAUGUACGGCUCUACUGAAGCGUUCCUGGCUGACGUGAAGUGGAUUUUGCACAACUGCAUCAUUUACAAUGGAGGAAACCAUAAGCUCACCACAACGGCUAAAGUCAUCAUAAAAAUCUGUGAGCAUGAAAUGAAUGAAAUUGAGGUCUGUCCAGAGUGCUAUCUUUCAGCAUGCCAGAAGAGGGACAACUGGUUUUGUGAGCCUUGUAGUAAUCCUCAUCCCCUUGUGUGGGCCAAACUUAAGGGCUUUCCAUUCUGGCCUGCCAAAGCUCUACGAGACAAAGAUGGACAAGUAGAUGCACGAUUCUUUGGACAGCAUGAUAGGGCUUGGGUCCCAAUCAAUAACUGCUACCUCAUGUCUAAAGAGAUUCCUUUCUCUGUAAAAAAGACCAAAAGCAUCUUUAACAGUGCCAUGCAGGAGAUGGAAGUCUAUGUGGAGAACAUUAGGAAAAAAUUCGCCGUCUUUAAUUAUGCCCCGUUCCGCACACCCUACACGCCCGACAACCAGUUUCAAAUGCUGCUUGACCCAGCAAACCCUGGCGCUGGCUCAGUCAAACCUGACAAGCAGGAAAAGAUCAAGUUCAGCUUUGAUAUUUCUGCAUCGCACGUAGGCAAGGGCAUGGUGUCGGCUGGGAUGGGUGGCGGAGGGACUGCUGGUAGGCGGAUCGCUAUGCCGGACAUACCACGCUCACCAAUGAGCACUAACUCUUCUGCUCAUACUGGUUCUGAUGGCGAACAAGAGGGUGGAGAAAAGAGCCAGACCAGAGCACUUCUGCAACACCACAGCACAGGAGAAGAGUCUCUUGAUAGCACAGCGUCCCCUGCUGCCCCACGAGCCGGUACUGCAGGCAGCGCCAUGGACAGCCCCAAACCAUUUCACUCCACAGUGCCAACUGCACCUAUCAAACAGGAGAAGACCCCUGCUACAGGCAGCAUCUUAAACCUUAACCUCGACCGCAGUAAAGCCGAGAUGGACCUUAAGGAGUUGAGCGAGACUGUACAGCAGCAGCAGCAGGGCACUCAGGCCUCACUCACUUCCCCAAAAAGACAGAUUAGGAGCCGCUUCCAGCUCAACCUUGACAAGACCAUCGAGAGCUGCAAAGCACAGCUAGGUAUAGAUGAGAUAUCAGAGGACGUGUAUAAAGAUGAGGAACACAGUGACUCUGAGGACUCGGACAAGUCUGACUCCAGCGACAGCGAAUACACCAGUGACAACGAUCAAAAAUCAAAGAGCGCCAAGGACUCUGCGGCCGAUGAAAAAAACGAGAAAGAAGCAUCUAAAAAGAAGCCCAAACUGCCAUCAUCUGCUGAUGAAGACAAGGACAGCAGCACAGAAUCCUCUGGUACAUCAAGCUCACUGACCAAAACCGAGAUUGUGCAGAAAGUUGGAAGUGGGGUCCCUCAAGCUAAAGAAAAGCCACCUGCUGAGUCGGACAAGGAAGUGCCUAAAGCGGUACCGGAAUCUCCUAGUACAAAAGACAAGUCCAAGGUAACAGAGGAAGCCAGGCAGACUGUGUCUGUCGACGUAGACAUGGACUCAGACUCAGAGCGAGAGCUGGUGAUUGAUUUGGGAGAAGAACCCGGAGGAAGAGAGAGGAAGAGGCGCAGGAAAGACUCGGCCGCUGUCACCGCACUCAAAGAGCCCGCAGCCUCCAAGACAGAGGCUAAGGGACCUCCUCAAGGUAGCCUUGCCCCAUCUCAAACCCCUUCAGCUCCCUCCUCUACUCCAAGCCUGAAAGACCCAUCUCAGUCACCAAUGGCAGUUCCUCUAAACGUAGUCACCAUCCCCGCUGUCCCUAGCAGCACUGCGAUUGUCUCUUCGUCCCUGCCGAACUCUGCUCCCCCUACAGCCCUGGCCUCCUCCACCCCCACCAGCACAGUGAAGAAACAGCGCCCCCUGCUGCCCCGUGAGAGUGUCCCGGUGGUGCAGAGGGCUGUUGUGUGGAACCCCAGUACCAAGUUUCAGACGUCGUCUCAGAAGUGGCACAUGCAGAAGGUGCAGCGGCAGCAGCAGAGCCACGCGCAGCCUCACACUCAGACACAGACGGUAUCGCAAACGCAGCAGCCAUCCUCUUCCCCAACUUCUUCUAGCACCCGAUAUCAGACACGGCAGGCCGUUAAGGCUGUACAGCAGAAAGAUUCUCCACACAGCACCUCAACUUCGGCUGUCACUCUGGUCUCCAGCACCCCUGUGUCUGCAGCCAUAAUGGCAGGCGUCACGGUUAGCUCCUCCUCCUCAUCCUCAUCGUCCUCCAUGGCUGGAGAUCUACAAAUCCCCACCACGUCUGCUGAUGUGGCAGCUGACAUUGCAAAAUACACCAACAAAAUCAUGGAUGCAAUCAAAGGGACAAUGACUGAAAUAUACAAUGACCUUUCCAAGAGCACCUCAGGAAACACAAUAGCUGAGAUUAGGCGGUUACGGAUCGAAAUCGAAAAGCUGCAGUGGCUCCAUCAACAGGAAUUAUCAGAAAUGAAACACAAUUUAGAGCUGACCAUGGCGGAGAUGCGGCAGAGUCUGGAGCAGGAGCGAGAGCGGCUGGUCGCCGAAGUGAAGAAGCAAAUGGAGAUGGAGAAACAGCAGGCUGUCGAUGAGACCAAGAAGAAGCAGUGGUGUGCCAACUGCAAGAAAGAGGCAAUUUUUUAUUGCUGCUGGAACACAAGCUACUGUGACUACCCCUGUCAGCAAGCGCACUGGCCAGAACACAUGAAGUCAUGCACGCAGUCUGCAACUUCGUCACAGCAAGAGCCAGACACAGAGUCAAACACAGACGGCGUUUCUAAGGUUUCCGGCCAUCCCAACAGUAGUCAGGAAUCCCCUCGAGAGACUACAGGAGCUCCUCCUGCAGACAAGGACAGCGACGCGGACAAAUCAAAGGACACUGUCACUGUCAGUAUGUCCUAGCUCAAGACAUACUAUAACUACUGCAGAACUGCACUUAGAACUGCACAUAUGUACAAAACAUAGUCAAGUUCCAUCACUACAGCGUAAUACUUUUCAUGUUGUUGUCUUGCCAGGAUCUGAUCUAAAACCCUGGGGAGGCUGAUUUGUAUCAAUAACAGUUACAUGUUCCAAACUCAGUUUAACAUAGCAUUAAAGACACACAACAAGACCUCUCUUUUUGUUUUGUUUUUUUACAGAUUCUUACUUGUACUCUUUAACAUUUUUCUAAUUGGCUUCUUAAUUUAUCAACAUCCACAAAUGUAGGAUUUUUACACAAAGCAGUAAUCCUUUGGUGCUCAGUCCAUGUUUGUUGGGAUUUUGUACAUUUAUUUAAAUCCUGUUUGGCAUUCAGUGCUUCACUCAACACGAGAAUCCAUUUUCUUUAAAGUCGACUAAUGCAGGAGACAGAAAACCACAUUAUGGUCCCAUCAUUUAAAUAACAAUCCUCUCACCAGCUAGAGUGGAGAUAUGAACACAUUAAUGAUCUAAAAGUAUUUGGUUAAAAUACGGUUUUAGGGGUCAUUACUGAAACACCAUAGAGAUCUCUCUGAUAUCUUAAACGAUGAAAUGAUAUCGUUCACUGUGUAAACGUCAUUCUGAAGUGGCAGAUAUGUUGUGUUAGAGUUUCAAUGCAGGUUGUCUAUUUCCGAACAUACAUACAGUAUAUAAGCUUUAUAUGCGGGCUGGGAAUAAAAAUGUGAGACUUUUUUUUUUUUUUUUUUUUAUAUUUCACAGCUAUAAAAAUGAAUAUUUGUUUAUAUUCAUAUUCAAUUCAUCCAAUUUUCUGUUUGGUUAUUUGAGAAGAUUACAUUAUAUUUUAUUUUCUCUAUGCAUCCAUUACUAAAACAUUUGCAAUUUUAAGUGACAAAAAAAGGUUGACUGGAUUAUAAGUAAUUUUAUUUAUUUUUUUGUUAAUGUGUAUUGAAUAUGGCAUGGUUUGAUACAAGCUUGAUGUAUCAUGUGAUGCCAGGCUGAUUACUUUUAAAUAAUCUCACGCUUUAUUUUUAUUAUUUAAAUACCUUUGUGUUCACUUGCACUUUUAACUCUUUUGGGUUAAUUAAAUUUUUAUUUUUGUGUUAUUUUUUUACCUUAAUUACAUAUGUUCUUUUUUUGCAUUAAAAUCAGAUCAAUAAUAAUAAUAUUUUCAUCUCAUUCAUCAUGCUUAAUACAGACAACAUAGACAUUUCAUUACUGAUUUCAAUCUUUAUGUACCGUUAAAUAAUUUUUGACUGAUCAAUUUGUAACACUUUUGAAUCUACUAUUUUAUUUCUGUCAGGACAAUGUCAUUUGUGUUCAUAAUACCCAUGUGUGAUCAACAGACAUACAGCAGUCCAGCAAAGUUACCAAAGCUGAGGCUAGGUCAUAACUGAAAUUAUGAUGCAUUAUUACAGGUCAUUACAGUACAAUAACACUGUUUCAGCAGCCUCCCUAAUAUUUAUAUCGACUGUUGACUGUUCAGUACGUUCUUAGCUCUUAAAAAGAAUUCCUGUGUGUAUAUGUAUAUAAAUAUUACAGUUUAAAAAUGUUUACAUAUUGUACAUAAAUAAAAUUUGGUGGUCUUAAUGUG